CUCCAGUGACACAUUAUUUUGACUGUGUUGGUUCAGCGUUCCGUAGACCUCUGUAAUGAGCGACUUUUCUUCGAAAUUUGCUCAGCUAAGCGUGCGGUCGGAGAAAAGUAGUCACAAUGACUUACCUAACGUUCAGCGUGCCAAUGGGGAUGAAGAAAAGGGUUCUAAGGGUAACCCAUGGAAGCCAAUAGUCCCUAGUUCCGAAAACAAUUCUUUGGAAGCGGACGCUUGGCCUGAACCAUCGGCACCUACUGAACAACGGCGUAUUACUCGCAUUGCAGAGGAAAAGCCCAAAAGAAAGUUGAAGUGGCAUAAUUACGAAGUAGAUGAUACUACUUGUGGUUUCCCUCGAGGGCGUGGUCGCCAUACAGUUGGACCGUUUGCCGGAGCUAACUACACCAGUAGUAAUGUCAGGCCGUUUCGCAGGGGUAAGAGAUUAACGUUCUGUAAUUCUUCAGGUUAUGGAGGUUACCGAAGUCGCAUCUUACCUGAUGCAAACAGAGGUCGAAACAGUAAUGGGUUCUAUCGUCAUCCUGGUCGUUUAGGAAACGUACGACCAGUUAGUGAACCUAAAGAAAAUCUAAACGAACCCAGUCAAAAGAAUAGUCCAGUUCAAGCUAGUGAUUCGUGUAGCGUCUCAGUUGAUGUUCAUUUGACUACAGAUGUAUCAGCUCAUGACGAAAAGGUUUCAGAUCGCGGUUUACAUCUGUCAGAAUCAGUUGAUGUGUCAGGUCAACAAACAGACACAGACUUGCAAAAUAACAAACCAAGCUCAGUUUCCUCUAUGCCUAAUCCAACACCCCGCAAAGUUUACCGCGAGAGAUCCAAUGUUUCGUCGCAGUCGGGUAGCCAGUCAACUAACAUCCCAUCUAAUUAUGAUGCAGGUCCCGUUGGUCGUGCGAGACGAUCAUAUCAACGCCAGCAUCAGCCAAUGUUCCCUACCGAAACCGAUAGUCACAAUUUGAAUUCACACUCUACUCUGGUUGCGAACUCCUCCAUCCAACCUCUUAUUCCCUUUCAAACUCUACCUCAAAUUGCAUAUAUCAUCCCAGGAGCACCUGCAACAAUGCUGACCCCUGCCUUACAGAUUGCACAAACACCUGCUUCACAUACAAUAAUUCCUACCGUGUCGCUACCAAACACUCAAGUCCUACCCACUCAGCCGACAAUACAACAUCCUAUUGGAGGUCUACCACAUCUUCCGGUCGAAAAUCUCCCCAUACCUAUUCUUCCAGAUGGAUCAGCUGUUCAGUCAGUACAUCCCAGUUUCAACCCACAAUCAUCCAUGACGUCUACCGGUACAGAACAACCAAUUGAUACCCCUGAAGUGGUUGAUGUAACUCAGGUCAUUGCAUACAUUAACGAGGUGGGAUGGAGAAAAGUAGUUUUUCCCACAAGCCUUCGGGAGCAUCGUGCAGUCGCUGCUGCUAUAAAAGAUGCUCUAGGGUCAUCAAACCACGACUUAGCGGAUCUCACUGAAUCAGCGGUUAAUAAAAAUGACUUGUCCAACCAGUCAACUACCCAACCUCGUACCGAUGAUGCACCUUCAAGACCAAUAAAAGCUGACGAUAUUAUCAUAGUUGAAGAUCGCGUGUUUUUUGUCCCGAAAAAUGUAAAUCGAACCAAGUUUCUAAAGUUCCUAUCGAAACUAGAUUAUAUUAAGCAUCAUGUCGAAUAUUACUUCAGUGAAAGCAAUCUACAACGUGAUUCCCACUUGCGUGCGAUACUAACUGCCAAUCAAGAUGUUUGCCCUCUAUCCGAGCUGUUACAGUUCAAUAGACUUCGCUGGGUGUCCGCUACUGAAUCCGAAUUGCUAGAUGCCGUUUCCAGCAGCAACGUCUUGUUGGUCGUGCUUUCCCCCGAUGGAUCACCAGCUGGAAUUACUCGAGUUUGUCCAACAAUGGUAAAACAUUUCAAUGAAGGCUGUCCUCCAUCCGUCGAGUUUGGCUAUGUGCGUCCUGUAAAUCAAGGUGUAAGUUUGGCAACUUCGGUUUCUGAUCAAAACACAAUUGUUGUGCAAGUAUCUUCAGCAUCCGGUCAAUCUCUUACACAUCCCAAUGUUGAUCCUUCAAAUCAAAAUAUCUCAAUCCUGAGUCCGGUCUCAGCUCAUUCAUUUGGAAGUCAGGUUUCCGCAAACAGUAACAACACCCCUUUUCCAUGUGCAACACAGGUUUUGGGAGUUUCGGGUCAAUCCAUGAGCUCCGUUCCUCAUAAUUCGCUUCCGAACUAUAUUCAAUCUUCCGCUCACGUCUUGACUCCGAACAAUUUCGGGAUUUUGACAAACACUUCACCAGGGAAUAUGAUAUAUUCUAGUUCUUCACCCUCACAGCAGCACGCGUCAGUUACUUCUCCGUUCUACCAAUCCGACCUCGGUCCACAAUCUACAAUUAGACCAGCACAAGCUUUUCAUUGUCCGCAACUUUACACUCAAAACCAGGCUGCUGCGUUUAUGGCCGCAGCUGCCAAUCAAUGUAGUUUGUUAGCGUCAGGGCCCAGCACUACAGUUUUGCCUCCGUCAGACCCGAAUACUGCGUCCUUCAUAUCCGCAUUAUACCGCCUUGCCACUCCAGGUAGCCCGGCGCCUAUUGUUGGGACGUAUGUACCUUCCGUUGGAAAUCCUAACAACAUGUCUCCUGCUGCUCCCAAUUCAGCUGUGUUUCUCCAAUUUAUUCCAGGAGCUCAUCCUGGCCAAACUAACGCCUAUUUCGCACCUCCAAUUAGUUGUCCGCCAGGCACAAACUCACUGUUAAGCCGUUCCGUUCCUGCACACGCUAGCGGAAUGUGGAUACCACUCAACCAAGGUUCUGGUGCGAACGGUGGUAUUGUUCCGACGCUUCCUUACCAACCGUAUGUGGCACUCACUCAGGCUCAUCCGAGCCUAUCGCUUUCCAAUAAUCCGAGUGGUAACGGAGGGUUGUACGCUGUAACGUCUUCUCACUCAUUCCCAACCGCCUUUGGAACUGUUCCUACUUUAACUAUUGGUCCUGAUGUCUCUGGCUUUGGUGUUCAGAAAAUGUUCAGUCAUGCUCAUUCACUAAGCAGUCCACAUAGUUUCACAAAUCACCAAUCACCCGUUACUUCAAACGCGAACGUGACAGCAAUAAACACACCAACCGGACAUACUUCUCAAAUCAAUGUAAAUCAUAGUUCAGUUCCAGGUUCACAGCCAUCAAACAGUAACUUGGCUUUGGGUAAACGAAUACCUACAAACAACACUCAAACAUGAAUCUAGGUCUUUCCAUAAGAUUUUACCACAUCCCUUGCUAUGUACAGUGUACAGUUCCCCUUGUCCACAGAUUCUUUAUAACCUUUUAUCCCUUAAUAGCUAGCGACAUUUCUAAAAUUUCAGACAGUUACCUGUCAUCUCUUUGCACAGCUAUAGCAGUUGUCUAGUCACUAGUUCCUGCAUAUGCGAUAUCUGUACUCACAGUUUGUGCCUUGAAUCGUUUGUUUUUAACAUUUCGAAUUAUUUUGUAAUUAAAAAUAUGCGUACUUUCUUCCGAAGCUAACCUUCAAAUGGCAUACGUAGCUAAUAUCGGACAAGUUUUUACGGUUUGCUGCCUGUGAUAUGAACCUUUAGGUUUUAUGACUUUCGUUCAGGCUGUGCCUGUCAUCCAUUUGUAGGUAUUUUAUUCGAACUCAGAGCUGGUUGUCUUAAAAUUUAGUCCUCAUAUUAAUUGAUGUAUUACUUCAGAUAUAGUUCACAAAAAGUGUAAAUGCUUUUAGUUCCCAUGUGUUCAUGCCCUAAGUGCUCUUCGUCUGUCUUCCAGUGUAGUGGGGUGCAAACUCCCGAAAUUAAAUUAGGUUUCCUCAUUUCUCACUUCCUAAUGUCACCUAGUAUAUUUAUCCAAUUGUAGUUUACCACUAGUAAUUCUUGUUCAUUCCAUGAAUGCUGUCCAUUGUAAAUAUUACCUUUAUCAUUUAGUCUCGAAUGUCUACAUUCUUUUAUGUUUAUCUUACUGGUUUCGGUACCUAAUACCUUGCUAACUAAUUUGUCGCAACAAGUCUUUAGUGUUUCCUAUUAUCUUCAAGCUUUCUUAUUCUCAUUUGUUAUUAUUCAGAUUCUUUAAAAAUAAACGUCCAAAAAAAUGUGUAUCCUGAGUAUUUGUUCUUUUUACAGCACUUUAGGUGUUGAUAAUAUCGUUUGUGUAAGAUAAUACGUAAGAGCAUGUUAGUAUUUCUGACCGAUGCAUUUCGGUUGUAAGAAUUCCCUUCAUUUGCUUGAUGGAAAGAUUGUGUUCUACCCAUGUUUCAGUAAUAUCAUUGAGCUAGUCCUCCCACCACUAAAGUGGCGUAUUACGUCAGCAGUCCCGCCAAUUCGUGUCCAAAAAUAGCGACUAGAGGUCACUCGUGGUGAAGGUAAAUCUAAUUUAUAUACAAGGUGGUGCAAUGGCAGCGCUGCCUUAAUUCUCAAACUAUCCUUAGCGCCUCAGAAUGUUUUAGAAGUUCACAGGUUGACGUAUCUAUAUAGGCAACUUUAUUCUUAAUACACUGUCGGUAGUUAAAAAUCAUUAUAUUGCUAGUCUACCUAUUGACCAAUUACCACUCGAUACAGAGGGUUAUCGCUUUCAUAUCUUCGAAAUGAUAAAUUGAGUGUAUAUGUACUUUAGGAUUGCGUCGUCCUGCUGAAUGAGUGUUAUAUGUGAAAGCAGUGGUAUCUAGUUUGUCAGAUGAUUGGAGGCGGUUGCCAGUAAAUAACGCUAGACGUCGGUGCCUUCCGAAUCAGCAUUCGUCAGUAAGACAUUCGGAUUAUUGAGGGAACAAGGGCUCUGUGAGAUCCGAACAUAGGUUAUUCGACGUUACAAUUUGGGACGUUCCCACUGAACUAGUCUGGUUGCAGCUGAACUGUAAGAAUAUAGUAGUCACAGUUGAUUGUUCACUGUGUGUUGGCUUUUGUCCAAAGUUUCAUGUUAGUCACCUCCAACCACCUACCAUGAUGUGUUUUGUGUUGCAUCGAGUCAUUCAGGUUGGUUGGCUUACUGAAACUAGAUCUGUAGAAUUCAAUCAAUGUUACAGAAUUGUACAAACAUUACAUUGGUCAUUACUUAGUGACCAGUCGAUUGUGUCUAUUUCUGCUGAAAUAAACGUUCUCAGUACUUGAGUAUACCUGAGCCAAUCAUAACUAGUACGAUUGGGGUGAAUUUUGUUUAGGUGGCUAAGUUACAUCUCUUAAGAAAUGAAAUUCAUAAGCUAUGAAUACAUUCAUGCCUGAAUUGUUUGUGAUGUAUGCAGCUUAUGGUAGAACUACAUUUAUUACAAUAGUUUUUAUUACAAUUUAAUCAAGUUAACAAUAGGUAGGGAACUAUGAUAUUAAGCUUUAUGUUUGGUCCGUAGCACAUUGUUGAUAGAUAAGUGUGAAGGAAUAAAGCCAUACACUCGAUCACGACAUUCCUCUCAACUGAAGAAAAUUCAGAGGACAAAGAACUAGAGGGUACGUUACCAUUGUUCAUUCGAGGCAGUCAAAACUUGAGGAAUCAGGUGUAUAAGUAAGAUUUCUUGUGUUCAGUUGUGUAAGCAAAAUACGCAAUAUCCCCCGUUUGUAUCCAGAUUUUACAAAGUUCAAGGCUUCUGGUUCUAACUUAAGAAACCAGAUAAUAUCACAGUUACAGAUAUAUUUUGGGAGUUCGUUUAACCAUUAGAUGUGUUAUAAAGGGGGACAGUUAAUUUUCAAGUUGAAACCUACAUCUCCAGACUUAAAAAAGGCAGAGGUGUUAGGAAAGAGUAAUCACAU